CCCACCCGGAGCCGGCGCAGAACGAACCCCGUGAACCAAGCGAGUGGCCCCACGCGCGCGCGCGCUACGCGAGCGACCAACUCCCCUAGGGCUUUGUCCGGCAGCGCCCGCGAUUCGAAUCGGAGUCUCGGACCAACCCAGGGCCCCAGGCAGGAGGCCCCCAGGCGGCACCGGCAGCGGCGGCGGCGGCACCGACCUCCACCACCCCCGGCGCCCGGCCCCGACCCCGAGAUGGGGGACGUUGUGAAGGACUUGACAGCCGGGACCGUAGGAGGGGCUGCCAACCUGGUUGUUGGGCACCCAUUCGACACCAUCAAGGUGAAGCUUCAGAGCCAGCCCACCCCUGCUCCUGGCCAACUCCCCAAGUAUGCAGGCGCCAUCGAUGCUGUUAAGCAGACGAUUGCAGCUGAAGGCCCGAGAGGCUUGUACAAGGGAAUGGGGGCACCUCUAGCAACUGUCGCGGCAUUCAAUGCUCUCUUGUUCAGCGCGAGGGGGCAGAUGGAGGCUCUCCUGAGGUCAGAACCUGGUGCGCCGCUGACCGUGAAGCAGCAAGUUGUUGCUGGUGGUGGUGCUGGAAUUGCAGUCUCAUUAUUGGCAUGUCCAACAGAACUGAUCAAGUGCAGGUUGCAAGCCCAGAGUUCCUUAGCCGAGGCAGCAGCUGCCUCCGGCGUAGCUCUACCCAAAGGCCCGAUCGAUGUGGCUAAACACGUCGUCAGGGACGCUGGCGCAAGAGGUCUCUUCAAGGGCCUGGUACCAACAAUGGGCCGUGAGAUCCCCGGCAACGCGUUGAUGUUUGGCGUGUAUGAGGCCGCGAAGCAGUACCUCGCCGGCGGCCCUGACACGUCGAACCUUGGCAUUGGAUCCCAGAUCCUGGCUGGUGGCCUCGCCGGUGCCUCCUUCUGGCUGUCAGUGUACCCGACGGACGUGGUGAAGAGCGUGAUCCAGGUGGAUGACUACAAGAACCCACGGUACUCAGGGUCCCUGGACGCGCUGAGGAAGAUCAUGGCGGCCGAUGGCGUGAAGGGCCUGUACAAGGGGUUUGGACCGGCCAUGGCGCGCAGCGUCCCUGCCAAUGCUGCUACCUUCGUGGCGUACGAGAUAACAAGAUCGGCGCUCGGUUGAUUGGCUGCGACUCCAGUGCCAUUGCCAAUCCUUCUGAUGGCAUACGGCUGGAGGCUGGAGCUGCUGCAUCUUCGAUAGCUACUCAGGAUGGAAACACAGGCACGCCUUGCAAGUGCAACCCAGAACUGUACAAUUGCAAGCAUUUUUAGGGAGAAAAAAAGAGGGAACACUGCAAUGGUGAGAUUGUUUAAUAAGCAAGCUUAAUAAGACGUUCAUGGAUGGAUUGAGUGAGAGUGGUUGCUGAUAGAAAAAUAAUACUGUCCUCGUCGUGAUGGUUGCCCAUCCGACGGUGAUCCGAUGGCGUUGGAGUGGUGGUGCUGGUGAUGUUGAUCUGAUGGUGGUGGACUGGUGGCCUUUGCAUUGUUGGGUUGCGGCGUCUGGUGGCGAGUGGCCCACCAUUGGCCUUGUGCCCUUGUCCUCCUCGCAGCCUGAAUUUUAUUCCCUCCCUUUCUGCA